AUGGUCAAUGACGCCAGUCUGGCGGUGACUGCUCCGGACCUUGUAUGUCGAGGUCAGAUCAAGACAACGGUCGACUGAGUUACCAUUCGAAGACUAGACUGAAGUCAUUUCCUAACUUGACUGGCUUUUGUCGUGGACUAUUAUCUUGACGGCUCUGGAAGUAAACUUGUAGUCCGCUUCGUAAAUAUGGGCGAUCAUUUGCAAAAAUUCGUCUUUCCAUCGUACAGCCAGUUAACAGUAGGUGAGUCGACCCAUGAAAUCUCGACAGAAAUUCCAAAAUUCAUUUUCUUUUCGAACAGAUUAAUUAAGUAGGGCUGAAUUCAAAGUCUAUUUCGUAAAUGUGGCGAUCGUUUCCGAUAAUCGGUCUUUCUAUCGUACAACCAGCUUCUGUUCAUGUACGCGCAAACUAAGCCUGCGUUCAGUCUGAUCUGUGUAGCAACAAGGACAGUUUAGGCACGGAAUGCAAUGCACUAUCCCAGGCUGCUUCUAGGGAUUUGGUCGGUCUUUGACUUUCAUGAUCUUGUUGCGCAUGGUUGAUUUCGGUCGGCGUGUAAUUCCAAAAUUCAGAUCGCAGCAAUGCGCUCGGUCGCCCAUAAUGCAUGACCGGGCGAAUCAUAUCCUUGGUGGUGCUUCUGUCUGAGUCCUCCAUGGCCAAACACGUAGGUAUCGGAUUAUAAACGUCCUCGGAUAGCCAUUCCGCACGAAAUGGCCGUGGCGAUAUAGGGCUUUGCGUACAUUUUCCGCCGGUUUGCCGCAAUCAGUCUGGAUCUGUUUAAAGGGCGUUGCCACAUAGCUUUGUUUAUGAGCCACUAGAUGGUUGUUUAGAAAGCUGAGAAGUUUUGUGGCGUUUUUAGCCGCCCUGCAGACCGCCUUCUAAGCUUUGCCGUUAGGUCUUCGCCUAACGAAAUCGUGCAACAUGUUUUUUGCCCAUGCCUUGGAUUGUAUUUCACUCGAUCGAUAUAUCGAUCUGAAGUCGACAUACAAGGUCCUGAGCAGUCACCUCCAGACUUGCCUCAUUGGUCAACUACUAGUUUGUUGCUGUUACUUUCCCUGAUGAUGGACUCCUGGACGAGUUAAAAAGCCCAGAAUAAUAAACAAAUUCUUCCGGUGCCCAAUUAGUCUUUUUCGUGUUUACUCAGUGAAAGUUUCAUUAAGAAUAUUAACUUGGGAAUUAUCCCUCGCGAAGUGCAUAAACCUACCAAUCUGCCUGAACACUAUGAUAGUAAAAAUUUUACGAGAUCACCUAGACCAGGUAACAAGCCCUCACCACGACAGUGUAUUUAUGUGGUAACUGAGUGCGGAGAGGUUCGGGACAGGCCGUGUCAGAGGUCAGGGUAAGAAGGCAAGACGAAUUGCAUACGGUCAGUAAAUGAAUUGAUCUUUGGCGGUGAUAAAUGCGGGGUCUGUGCGAGGUUUUUAUGUGCUCAUAAAACCUGCUUGCGUUGCAUGUUUACGACCCAACAUUCCAUAUAUGUGCACAGGCGAACAUUGCUCAUUCCUCUUCGUACCCGUGUGUUUCUAAAUGACUUGGUUCGAAUUUGUUGAAAGUAAACAUCUAUCCGUCAAAUGUUGUUCCGAAGUUGCAAAUAGGCAAUCUGAACAACUGUAAAAUGAAUAAGUUUUCGGUAUCUAAUCAGCGACAAAGGUUACAGAUACUGGAGUGGCCAUUUCUGACAUAUUAGUCGUCGUCAGCCAGUCAUACCCAAUCCCGAGGUGCGGAACAUCUGGAGCGCGAACGCGCGACCUGUUAGUUAGAAGUCCAACGCCUCGAACCACUGAGCCACGGGCUCGUUGUCCUGUUGGUUUCGAUCGGGAAUAUACAAUGUUGAAGGGGCGCUCACCUUACGGGCUCUCUAUCGAGCCCAACCAGCAGCAACACAGCGGAACAUGAUAUAGGCCGAAUGUUAUCACUGCCAAAGACAAGGAUGACUGGAUGACUGAUGGCUAUUCCAGUUUCCCUUGUCUUUGUCGGUAAUAACAUACUGCCUAUAUCAUGCGCCACUGUGCGGCUGGUAGUCGAGCUCGAGAGAAAGAGCCCGUAAGGCACAACGGGACGAGUGGGUUCCGGAAAGACGAUCGGUGAGCGCCCCUCCACCAAGGUUUUUGGUCUAUUUGCAAGACUUACUUAACCGUCAAAUCGCAGUUUUUCUGCUUUUCCCCUGGAGUUUAAAUCUGCCAGAGAAAGAUAAGGUUGUGAUAUGGCUGACGCUCAAAAUAUCUGAAAUCUGCGGCCCCUAUCAUUAGGGCCUUCUUAUCUUUGGUCAAACUGUUCGUUAGAUAUGUGGUAUCAUAUGAAAUUAAUCCAUUCAUGCACGAAACGUUGACUGCUCAAGCAACUUCUUAUUGCUCGUCACGGCGCCCGAGUGUACCUUAUAUCUCAGGUAGUAAGAGCGAUGACUGUAUUCGAACCUUGACGUUGUUGUCGUAGGUUCUAAUCCUACCGAAGAAACCGAGUUUUUUACAACUAGGUCAUAUGAGUGAAUAAAGGAUACAUUAGGUUUCCUUUAGGCAAUUUGAAUUAACGAAUGCUUUGGCAGAUAUGAAUGAGCUGAUCGAUAAAUAUACUGAAAGAAAGAGACUUGAUUACUGCAACAGGGAUUUCAUGCAAACAUUUUCUUAUUUAAUUCUGUCUUUGAUGACGGAUUCGAACGCGAUCCCGGAAGACACCAGGUGAAUAAAAGUGUGUUCUAGAGAUCGUGUCUACGCCUUUGCGACUGCUUCUAGAACCCGUUUUUGCCCUGCUCGACAAUUAACUGUAGAAAAAAUGCGUCCAAGAAAUUCAAUUUCAAUUAAUGGAGUUUUAAGUUCUAGUUUAAGCCGAUUCAUUGAUACGCAGUAACAGCUUAAUGACGCUUUAUCACAAUAACUAAACAAAUUUCAUAGAUAUAUUUUAGACACUGGGACUCGAAGUUAUGGUUUUAUCGGAAACCUUCAAUGCUUUUUAUGUUUGCUCACAUUUAGUGUAAUUGUCCUUGCAAAUUAAAAGUGAACAAGAGGAAGAUAGAUACAAUGAACAGCAAGUAGUCUUCGUAGACGAUGCUAUGAAAACGUUUCUGCUAGUGAAAACAUAUGGAUGGUCAUUGAAGCAUAUGAAUAAGGAAUCACUUAGCCGGGCAUGUUUUCCGGCAAGCAAUUUGGUCGAAGAUAGCACAAAGUUCCUUUUCAGGAGGAGUCUUCGGCCUCGGAGAGCCUCCUGAAAAUUUGCAAAAUUUUGGUAAGUUAAACUGAACAAUUGAUUGAUACUACAUGCAAUGCUUAAUCUGCGACAUUCUGAUUUUAAACUAGCUUUACCGGCCACUUGCAGUAAAAUAGCUUUUGUGAUUAUCUUCCAGCAUACCGAGAACAAUGCAUCUGACCAUAUUUGCGGGCUGUAUGACUCAUUUUUUCAGUCAGUAAUGUUAGUCAUUGUUUGUAGUUGCAUUUUAAUAAAGAAAAUCCUCAGGGGAGAUAUAUUGUUGGUGUAAAAUCACAAAGAUAUAAAGUCCGUUAAGAGUGUAAUUCGCUGAGGUUCGGACUAAGUCGUCAAAUGGAACAGAGUUUAAAAGACCGAGGAAUGUUCUUAGAGGCAUAGAGCACUCAAAAGUAUGUACACUGCUUAAGUCUACUUCCAAACAAGACGUGCAGCAAUUCAACUCUUUAUGGUCACGCAUGGUCAGUUUUCCAUUGCAUACCUACGACGGAACUGUGCAUGGGAAUAUGAAAAAGUGUUGAAUAGAUAUGUAAGCACAUAAGUAAAUAUAAUGUUCCAAAAGUAAUACGCCAUACAGAUGUAAUUUUCCAAUACACGACCAAAUGAAAGAAAUUACGUAAGGCUUCAGCGUUGACCGGCAUGGACAGCAAUUGCACGUUACUUUCCAGAUGACAGCAUUUCAACACUUUAUCAAGGGUCCUGCCGGCAAUCUGCAAGAAUGGCGAUCGAGAGAAAUUCCCAGGGUUACUGUUUAAUCGUUUUUUGCGUCUCUGGCAAUCCAAUCAUACUCUUAUGUAAGCACACAGAAUCAAUGCGCUUACUGACCUCUUUUCUGACGACCGUAUGGUUUCAUCAAACUGUGCAGCUGAAAUGACAAUCCUUCGAUUUCGAAAAAAUUGGCAGUUCUAAAUAUCUUACGUUUUACUUAAAACUAAAAGUGCAUGUCGUAGAAAUCUUUCUAAAGCAAAUUUAUUUCCAAACAACUGGAAGGUGGCAUGUUUAUGAUCAAAGCAAUCGUUAUUGUAAACAGUGUUACAAACUGCCAAUAGAAUCGAAAACACGAGUCCCAGGAAGCAGUCUUGAAGAAGAAGACACGAUCGCCGGGACAAGAGCUUUAUUAGCCUGACGUUUCGGAUUCCUGCUCGAAUCCAUCAUCAGAGACAUAAGCAGAUAAGGGUGGUUCUUGCACCUGUGGCUGCAGUAUUUAUAGGAUGCCGUAGCCUUGCCACCGCAUACCUAUGAAUGUUCACGGCUCCCUCCCCUUCAUCAGGGAUCGUUGCACGUGGCGUGAUGGUCGAUAUUCGCGUCGUUAAUUGCUGCAAUUUCAUCACGUGCGUUGGAUACGGCUUUGGCCCGAUUCUAUGGCCUCCCUAAGGUGCACAAAGACGGCGCUCCUCUCCGACCUAUCGUGUCUCUCAAAGGUACUCCAACGUAAGGACUGGCUAAGUGGCUGUUCCGGCGUCCCAAGUUCCUGACCGCUGAGUCAGACACCACGGUCUCUUCGUCAGCAGAAUUCCUGGAGAAACUCAAAGGGGUAAGCCUCCAUCCAAAUGAGGUCAUGGUAUCUUUUGAUGUUACAUCCCUUUUCACUUCUAUUCCCCAGGACCUGGCGAUCGAGACAAUCGAACUGCUUCUGCAAAGCAAAUACGAUGAAACGGAGAAUCAUCUUGGACGCGCCCAAGUCCUUCAGCUCCUGAAGUUCUGUCUCAGGACGUACUUCACGUUCGACGGGACAAUCUACGAACAGGUGAAGGGCACACCAAUGGGUUCGCCGAUUUCGGGAUUCAUCGCCGAGGCGGUCCUGCAACGGUUAGAGUCGCUGGUCUUCCAACACCACAAACCGACGUUCUGGGCCCGGUAUGUGGAUGAUACCUUCGUCGUUAUCGAUCGGGAUCAACUGCUGACAUUCAAGGAACGUCUGAAUGCGGUCUUCCCGGACAUACAAUUUACGAUGGAGGAGGAAGAGAACAACCAGCUGGCCUUCCUGGAUAUCCUCGUAUGCCGCAAGGAUUGUGGUGGACUAAAGACCAAAGUGUUCAGGAAAGCGACAAAUACGAUGCAAGUACUGAAGUUCAACAGUAACCGCCCAAUCAGCCACAAACGCAGUUGUGUAAGGACGCUCUUUCGGCGUGUCGAAACGCACUGCAGUGAGCCGGAAGACAAGCUUGCUGAACUACAAUACCUCCGACGGGUAUUCAAAGCCAAUGGCUACCCGAGCAACUUUGUCAACCGGUGCAUACGCAAAAUGGACGAAAGGCCUAACCGCAGGGACACCAAAGUUUGGCGAGCGCCAUCGUAUGCUAAGAAAGUUUCGGAAGCUGUUGGCCGCCUUCUCGCACCGCUGGGGGUUGGAGUUGCACACAGGCCAGAGGCAACCAUCAGGCGUCAACUGAUGAAACCAAAAGACCCACUGCCACGGCAAGAAACGUCUGGAGUCGUUUAUCGGAUCUGGUGCAGUUGCGGACAAAGCAACUACGUCGGAGAAACCGGAAGACAACUCCGAACGCGAAUGGUCGAACACGCUGCAGCAGUGCGGAGAAAGGACGCCAGCUCUCAAGUUGCGGCUCAUUCGACGGGUUCCGGCCACACAUUCAAAUUUGACGAGGCCGAAAUUCUCGCAAGAGGUGACAACCGCGUGAGCCGGGAGCUGCUUGAGUCAUGGUUCACUGGCCCCCAGUCUAUUAACAAGUGCAAUGAUCUUCCCAUUCAAUACAGCGUGCUGAGACUUCGUCUAGGCGGAGAAAUUGGCCACGCGGGGAGCGCCCUGAUGAACACUCUUCCCAACACCCGGGUCAGCGCGUCAGAUGGUCGAGCAAUCAUCACACCAACAUCCAACGCACGUGAUGAAAUUGCAGCAAUUAACGACGCGAAUAUCGACCAUCACGCCGCGUGCAACGAUCCCUGA